AUGAAUCAAACUUAUAAAAAGUGGAUUCAUCAUGGUGAGCUAGAUCUAUCUUCAGAUGAUGAAACAACUAUUAGUGAAGAUUCAAAUUUAGAAAAAGAUGAUGCUGAAGUUUUUGAAAUGUUGCAUGAUAUAUAUCAUGGUGUUCCCAAUAAUAGUUAUGACCUUGAUGAGACAACUGAGUCACCUUACGAAGAGCCUAAUACAGAAGCUAAGAGAUUUUAUAAGUUAAUGAAGGAUGCAGAAAAUCGAUUGUAUCCGGGUUGUGAAAAGUUCUCCAAACUCUCUUUUAUAGUGCGUCUUUUUCAAAUGAAGUGUAUGCAUGGAUGGAGUAAUACUUCAUUUGACUCUUUGUUGAAAUUACUUAGUGAUGCUUUACCUAAAGAAAAUGUGCUCCCAAAUUCUAUUUAUGAAGUUCAAAAGAUAAUAAAAGAUUUGGGUUUAGAUUAUGUGAAGAUAGAUGCAUGCGUUAAUAAUUGUAUCUUAUAUAGAAAGGAAUACGGGGAUCUUGAACAAUGUCCUAAAUGUGGUGAAAAAAGAUGGACAGUGAGAAAAGGAAAAUAUGCCAAUAGUGAGGUUGCUUCAGGUAAUUUGAAUAACAAAAAGAAAGGAAUUUCUAGAAAGAUUCUUAGAUACUUUCCUAUUAUACCUAGAUUACAACGAUUGUUUAUGACAAAAGGAACCGCAAAAGAAAUGAGGUGGCAUAAGGAUGAACGAGUUGAUGAUGGAGUGUUACGACAUCCUGCUGACUCAUUGGAAUGGAAAAGUUUUGAUGAAAAAUAUCUAAAUUUUGCGUCAGAUCCUCGUAGUGUACGACUUGGACUUGCUUCAGAUGGUUUUAAUCCUUUUGGUUCAAUGAGUAAUUCAUACAGCAUGUGGCCAGUUAUCUUGAUUCCAUAUAAUCUCCCCCCAUGGCUAUGCAUGAAACAAUCUAAUCUUUUGUUGUCUUUACUUAUUCCUGGACCAAAAGGUCCUGGUAUGGAUAUUGAUGUGUAUCUCCAACCUUUGAUUGAUGAUUUAAAAAUCUUAUGGGGGGAUGGAAUUGAGACUUAUGAUGCUUUUAUGAAACAAAAUUUUCAAUUACAUGCUUCUUUGUUGUGGACAAUCAAUGAUUUUCCUGCUUGUGGUAUUUUAUCUGGUUGGAGCACUAAAGGUAAAUUAGCAUGUCCAGUUUGUCAUGUGCAUACUUGUUCUGCUUACUUGAAACACGGUCGAAAGCAAUGCUAUAUGGGUCAUCGUAGGUUCUUGGAGAUAAAUCAUCCUUAUCGUCGGAAUAAAAGUUUUUUCGACAACACAAGGAAGAAAGAAUUGCACCAGAUGCUUUGA